AAUCUCGGGUGAACUGCAGGUUUUUCAUGACCCCUGUCAUUUUAUUUUCAUUUUUCUAAAUAUUUUUAUUCUUAAGUGCAUGAUGGCUGGAAGCCGACUUGAGAAGGUUGGAACUGUUUUUACACGGGUUCGAGAUCUUAUACGCUCUGGAGUCAUCAAAGAGUCGAAGAAACCUGUUUGGUUUGACGUCUAUGCUGCGUUUCCUCCGAAGAGAGAACCCGUAUAUGUGAAACCAGUGAGGAUGGUGCGGCGGAAAACUGAGGAGAACGUGCCUGAGAUCUUUUACAAGGAGGAUCAGAUACGAGCGAAAUUCUACGAGUUGUAUGGAAAUGGACCGAAAGCAUUUGAUCUCACAAAAACCAACUUUGUAUCAACCUGCCAAAGAUUUGUGGAGAAGUACAGUGAAUUGGAGAGCAGGGGAGAUGUGAAGCCAGAGAUGCUGCUCGAGGAAACGGCAAAGGCUCUUCUUGCUGAUGGUAUUGUGCUCAGGAGGAGAGGAGGCAGACCUGCUGGGGCAGCAGAGAAACACAACCCUGUUCUGGCCAUGAAGUUAACAGACAUGUUGGCUGAACAGCAAAAAGAUGACGUUCAUGACGCACACACUCUGGAGGAGCACGCACACACCACUCCCACCGACACUUCACACACCUUAUAGCGUAAUAUACUUUUGUUCAUCUGUUCUUUAUAAAUAUAAAUCGGUGUAAUGAAUAUAAAAUGCAGUUUGCAGAGCACCAAGGAUAAGUUUGAUGACUAUUUUCCUGAUGAGCCUUCCUUCAUUUUAGUCUCAACAGACAGAACUGAAAAACGGAAGUGAUCUUUUCAACUUAACAAACAUUUCUGUAUUCAAUCACAGAUUUGUAUUGUGGAAAAAAAGUUUGGACAUCUGAGCAUCACACCCAUGUGUUUCUUCCCCAAACUGUUCCAAGCACACAGUUGUAUAGAUUGUAAUGCUACAGCAUGCAUACAAACAAUUUACCCUUCACUGGGACUGAGAGGCCCAAACCUGUUCCAGCAUGGCAAUGCCCCUGUGCCAAGGUUGGAGUGGAAGAACUUGAGUGUCCUGCACAGAUCCCUGACCUCAACUCCACCAGACUGAAUGAAAUCUAGUGGAAGGCCUUCCCAGAAGAAUGGAGGUUAUUAUAACAGCAAAUGGGGACUAAAUCUGGAACGAGAUUUUCAAGAAGCACGUAUGAGUGUUAUGUUCAGGUGUGAAGAAAAUUUUGGCAUACAAAAAAUAGUGUAUGUUGUAUUGUUAAUGAAAAUAAUAAAUUUUUCAACAUCA